AUGUCAAAAUCAACAACACCACAACGACGUUUGUCACGUAGACUUACGCAUGCAAAAAUUAUCAAAGAACUUUCGAACUUAGAAAAUGCUGCGAUUGUUGAAAUGGAUCAUGGCGAACGAGCGUAUCGAGAGGGUCGUUUCGUUUUUGAAUGUUCUUGGGAAGUGGCUAAUAAAGUUGGUGGAAUAUAUACAGUAUUGCGAACAAAAGCACCGAUAACAACUGAAGAAUUAGGUGAUCAAUAUUGCAUGUUGGGUCCAUACAAGGAAGAACGGGUGAAGUUAGAAGUUGAAAUUUUGCAACCUGAUUCAGCACCACUAAAAUAUGCUUUGGAUCAAUUAAAAGAAAUUGGCUUUAAGGCUAGCUAUGGUAGAUGGCUAAUUGAUGGCUAUCCAAAAGUAGUAUUAUUUGAUAUAGUGUCAGCUGCAUGGAAACUUGAUCAUUGGAAACAGGAGCUCUGGGAUUCGUGUAAAAUUGGUAUACCAUAUCAUGAUAGCGAAUCAAAUGAUGCUGUCAUAUUGGGUUUCAUGGUUGCAAUAUUCAUUCAGAAAUAUUUAUACGCAAUCGAAGAUUAUCAACCUUUAUGCGUGGCACAUUUUCAUGAAUGGCAGGCUGGUAUUGGUCUUAUUUUAUCCAGGUUGUGGAAAACAAAUGUUUCAACAAUUUUUACAACACACGCUACAUUACUUGGCAGAUAUCUUUGUGCUUCCGGUGCAGAUCUAUACAACAAUAUUGAUAAACUUGAUGUUGAUCGCGAAGCAGGAAUACGUCAAAUUUAUCACAGAUAUUGUAUUGAAAGAGCUGCAACUAAUUUGGCACAUAUUUUUACAACCGUAAGUGAAAUAACAGGUCUUGAAGCAACACAUUUGGUUAAAAGAAAACCGGAUAUUUUGACACCAAAUGGUUUAAAUGUGGUCAAAUUUGCAGCUUUGCAUGAAUUUCAAAAUUUACACUCAGUUGCUAAAGAGAAAAUUCACGAUUUUAUUCGUGGACAUUUUUAUGG